AUGGAAAUCAACAACCGUAGAUCAUGAAUCGUGAUAGAUAAUAUAUUAUAUCGAUCUUGAUGUGAUGAUCGAAAUGCCGGCAAUUACAAACAAUGCGCGUCUACGGACAAAGACCGGCUGCAUUUCUUGCAGACAACGUAAGAAGAAAUGUGAUGAAGUGCGUCCAAGAUGCGGAGGCUGUCGUCACGUCCUUAUGAAAUGCGUGUGGCCUAGCUCUCAGCACCUGCUUGAGGAUGGCCGGAGACGAACGCGGUCGAUACGAUCAUCGAGAUCGGAAUCAAAGACCUCGACUUCGAACGAGGACAGAUCAUCUUCGCCUUCGCCUACAAUUGCGACUGGAGGUCCAACAAAACCCCAUGGGAUAGUCGGCAAUAAUCAAUUAAGCAACUGCAUCGUCGACUUGUGGUCAAAUCACGCAGUAGUGUCAUUCCAUGGGAAUGGUGACGACGACCUGUUCAGAUAUUACGUGAAACAUUUUCUCCCCUGUUUAAUCCAUGAACAUUCUCAUCCACGGUUUCACAAUGGCGCCUACUGGAUUAAUUUGGCGCUGGGAAAUAUUCCCGUGAUGGAAGCGGCUUUAGCCUGCGCUGCCACGUCCAUCUCCUAUAUGGUCUCUUCGGAUCGGCGAACCGUUAUGAGGAUGCGUCAACGAGCUUUAACCCACCAAACUGCCGCCAUACGUUCCAUUCGAGGAUGCAUUGAGCUCGGAAGUGUGAACGGCACCGAAGACUGGCUGCUAGGCGCCGUCAUCCUGCUCACGAUACUAGCUAAUCGGGAUCUGAGCUGUCCCACCUGGUCGAGAGGGACACAUAUUCGCGCGAUUAUGCAGCUGCUCAAGUGUCGACAGGCGACCCGAAUGACAGAAGCCGAAUGCGACCCAGAGGCACUACAUGUAAUUUUUGAGCGCAAAUGCUACGAAUCGCUGCUCUACCAUGGCACAAUCAUGAUGACUUACGACCCUGACUUCGAUGUCCUAGUUAGCAGUGAGGCAUGGCAGAUGAUCGAUGAAUAUUUUCAGUUUUCUCUGCUCCCUAGUGAUGAGAACUGGGAGAGCUGGCCGGUGUUAGGUGUACCAUAUAAGUUGUUUCGCCUUAUCGUCAUCAUUUCAAAUCUUGCGCGGCGGCGCAGACCCUUAGGCGAAGAGGAUCUCGCUAUUGCAGCGUUUGCAAUAACAGAACUGCAUCAAUGGGUAAAUUUUCUAGCGUCGAACGCGUCUUCACCAGGGAGACUGUAUAUUCUAGCUGCGAAAGUCUUGCUAGAGGAUGUUUUGUCGCAGCAGCCAGAGGGAAUAAGCUUGAAAGAUUCGGCCCAGGCGGAUAUAAACCGUUUCGUUAAUGAAAUAACUGCAGUCGCGGUUACGCCAUUGUUUAGCAAGUACAACUUGUGGCCGCUAAGUAUAAUUCAACAUAUUGCGACGGAUGUGGGUGCUAAGAGGAUAAUCAAGGACAGGAUAGCGGAGACGCUGCGGGUCAUCGAUGGCUGUGGAGUCAUGGAAGUCUCGCAAGAACGGCUCGAUCGAUUUGUGGGUAUGCCUGGGCUACAGUAAACUAUAGAAGUUUCAGAAGAUGUGAUUUGAAUCAAGAUUUCCUGAGUAGAAUGGUCAGUAUUAGCCAUAACAGUCAUCUUGUAGGACAUUGAUUACGUUCCCUUCCCUAUUCUUAACAGAUUAAGAAUAGGACUCAGAGAGCUUCUUGGUAAUCACGAAUCUGAGAUUUCACAAAGUUAGUCUGCGGAAGGGUUUUAAUCGAAUCGUGUGGCGUUUGGGAAAUGAUUUCGGAAAUAGGGGGACUUGUAGGUGUAUGAGUAAUGUGAAAGAAGUGAGGAGAGAGAUAUCUAGGAUCAUGUUGUCGACCUCAAUAUCAACUGGCUGG